AUGGAUGAAAAGGUAGAGGCCCCAAAUGGUGGUGGAACAGCAGCCAAACGCAUUCGAUCUAGUGAGGAUCUAAAGAAGGGCGACAAAGAUUUGGCCUCGUCCAGCUGCAGUAGUGGCCAGCAUAGCCCAUACGAUAAUCAAGAGACGAAUGUGAGUGCAUGCAGCAACAACAGCAUUGUCUCGAACAACAAUAACAACAACAGCGAUAGUGGUCUCAGUUCUAAAAUGGAAGAAUCAUCAUUUGGCGAUAUGGAUUCCAUGAUGAUGACAAUAGAUUCUGUAAAAGCUGAUGAUGAAGAAUUGGAUACUUCGGCCAUAGCUGCCGCUAAUACUAGUAGUCCACAGGAAGAGAGCAUGGAAAGUCUGAUUGGAACUGCUGCCACAGGAACAGCUGAUGCUGACAUUGCUUGUUCAUCAUCGAAUCUUAUUAAACGCUCGAAACGUAAUCGAUCUCGCAACUAUCGUAAAACCGGUCGUUCCACAUCCACAUCUUCCGAAGAUAAUGAGGCCGAUUGUAAACGUUCUCAAACCAAUGAUCCAGAGUCUAUAAUGGCAACAGAAACUUCGUCAGCUCAUGAUAUUAAGUCGGAGGAACCUAUUGUUCCAGCUCCAUCCACAAUUACCGAUAACAUCACUCAAGAGGAAAGUAUGGAAAGUUUAGCUGACAAUGAAGAAAGCACUGCUGGCGUCACUGCGGCCGAGGUUGAAAAGCCAUGCACAUCAUCAAAUAUUAUUAAACGUUCCAAACGGAAUCGCUCCCGUAAUUAUCGUACUGCUGAACGUUCAACCUCCACAUCAUCAUCAACGUCGUCGUCAUCCUCUUCUCCAGCAUCUACACAGGUUGUGGAAGGAGAACGAGCGCGUAAUAUAGAACCCGCAGAAAAUGAGAACAAUGACGCAGAUGUUAAUAUGGCAGAUCGGGCACUAUCCCCAGUUUCAAGUGAUUCAUCAGAGGACUAUAUGCCACCCAAUUUUGUUGUUCCUCCGGAAGAAGCAGAUGAAGAUGAUGAUGAUAGCGAUGACGACGAUGAUGAUACAGACUUUUUGCCCACUCUAUUUGGCGAUAGAUAUAGUUCAGAUUAUGCCUCUCCAGAUUCAGCCGAUUCGGCACUUAUUAAAGAGAAAGAUGAAGAGGUUAACAAAUUAUUGAAUAAACAGAAACCUUCAUAUACUUGGAGUGCAGCCUAUGAGCUAAUGCGUCGAGAACAUGGCCUUGGCGGAGAUGGUAGAACAUCAUUGCGCAACGGUUUUACUUAUGGUUUUAAUAAUCGUUUCUAUGCCUCACGUCAUGUGGUGGAACGCAUGAAACUUUCACAUGUUCUAAGGAAACAUAAUGGCUGCGUCAACUGUUUAAAUUUCAACAAGUCGGGAGAUCUCUUAGUAACGGGUUCUGAUGAUGCCCGGCUCAUUGUAUGGGAUUGGGCUGGCAAUAAGGUUAAACAUAUAUGGAAAUCUGGUCACAGUUCCAAUAUAUUUCAAUCGAAAUUUGUGCCAACGUCCUCAUUUAUUGAUAUAAUAUCAGCAGCUCGCGAUGGCCGGGUUAGACGUUCCAUUGUACCCUCAUCCGGUGGUAAAGUACAAACUUCCAAUCUAUAUAUACAUCGUGGACCAGUCCAUAAGCUAGUAAUAUGUCCAGAUAAUCCUUCGGAAAUAAUAAGUGUUGGCGAAGAUGGUUUCAUUUGUAGCAAAGAUCUACGUGAAGAAUAUCAUAAAAUCGAUUUGUUGCAAGUCAUGUCGCAUGUAAAGAAAUCGCGUAAAGUGCGCUUAUUUAGUAUAUCGCAUCACCCAUUUGCGCCGGAAAUUUGUGUCAGCGGCAGUGAUAAUUAUGUGCGCGUCUACGAUAAGAGAUCGAUGAAGGAUCCAGUUCACACAAUGUGUCCUGAACACAUACUUGAAGCAUGUACACCAAGCGUUACCUGUUGUGUUUAUAAUUAUACUGGCACUGAAAUUUUGGCCUCUUACAGCGAGGAAAACAUUUAUUUGUUUAAUAAUAAAAAUUAUGUGGAUGGAGAAUACCUACAUUGCUACAAGGGACAUUAUAACCAAAAGACCAUAAAAGGUGUGAAUUUCUUUGGACCCAAUUGCGAGUAUGUUAUUAGCGGCAGUGAUUGCGGUAAUAUAUUUUAUUGGGAUAAAAAUACCGAGGCAAUACUUAAUUUUAUGCCUGGCGACACGGCUGGGGUGGUUAAUUGUCUUGAACCUCACCCAACAACCCCCAUCCUUGCAACAUCAGGUUUGGAUCAUCACAUUAAAAUAUGGACUCCAAGUGCUGAAAAGCAUCCUCCCGAUCUAACCAAACUUACACAUUGUGUACGUCGCAAUCUACGACGCACUGUGAUAGAGGAAGCAAUUCAGUUUGAUUAUGAUCAAUUGCAAUAUUUCAUUAGACAAACUCUCUGCCGUCACAGACGACGAAAUCGUGAACGUAACAAUGAUGAUGAAGAUGAUAGCGAUGAUUCACCUUCAUCCUUGGUUGAAUUAGCAACCGAUAAUGAUGACUCUGACGACGAUGAUGAUGAAGAUGUUUCAAAUCUACAGCGCCUAAAUUGUGGUACUCAAUAAAAAACAACA